UGUAACGGUGGCACAUUUCGCAAACGUGCUGAACGUCGAAACAGAGAUGACAUUCAAAGUAGCAGUUCUACUGGCCACUGUGCUAGCUACCAGCCUCGCUGUGCCAACACCACGUCAUGAGUUCUCCGACUUCUUCAUACACGCGGAUCCUAACGCACGCAUAGUAGGGGGCAGCCAGGCGGCAGAGGGCAGUGUGCCCUACAUGGUGGCCAUGUCUAACGGCCUGCUGGUCCGCAGCUUCCUCUGCGGAGGGUCACUGAUCAGCGCGCGGCACGUGCUUACCGCCGCACACUGUAUAGAGGCGGUCUUCUCACGCGGUGCUCUCAGCAGCUCCCUCCGCGUGACGGUGGGCACGAAUCGCUGGAACUCCGGUGGCCAGUCAUACAGCCUAUCGCGUAACGUUACCCACCCGAACUACGUCUCCGCCACCAUCAAGAACGACAUCGGCAUCCUGGUGACAUCAUCCAACGUGGCCUUCUCCAACCUUGUGCAGCCGGUGGUCCUCAGCUACGACUACAUCGGCGCCGGCGUCAGGUCCAAAGCCGCCGGCUGGGGAAGAAUCAGACAAAACGGUUCCCUGUCGCCGACCCUGCUACAGUUGAUAGUAACGACGAUUGACGGGCAGCAAUGUGUCCGAGAGGUGGCGCAGCGCGCAGCCGAGCUCAACAUCCGAGCGCCCGCCGUUGAGCCCCACAUCGAGCUCUGCGUCUAUCAUUCUCCCGGACACGGCAUGUGCAACGGUGACAGCGGCAGUGCUCUGGUCAUCGAGAGCAGCAGCCUCCAGAUCGGCAUCGUGUCGUGGGGGAUGCCGUGCGCGCGCGGCGCUCCCGACAUGUUCGCGCGCGUCAGCGCCUACGAGGAUUGGAUCACUCGCGCUAUGGCUUAAAUCACAGGCGUCAUGACUUGGUCUUCCGCGUCAUGUCUAAGAUGACUCGCGUUUCGAUUUUAAUCACCGUCGUCAUGGAAUAAUGUUUUCAUUUAAUACAUUUAAAUUCUAU